CCUGUUAUUUUCAUUUCAUUCAUUAGGCGACUAGAAAAUAGUCAAUAAUAAUGCCGAGUGCGGUGCCGAAAAAUGUGCAGUUUUGAAUGAACAUACCAAAGACGCUCGUCUUUUCGGAUUGUUGUGUGUUUGUUUGUUUCAUUGUGCGGUUGCCGUUUGUUGUGAUCGAUAAUUUUACCGAAAACACUUAAUAGGUCAUAAAUGUGAACUAAGGGCUCCGUCAGUUAUUAUGUAAAAAACGAAAUGGAUUCGGGAUUGGGUAGUGACGAGGAUCGUAAAAGCCGCACCAAAGAACAGAAGCAGUUGCACAACCAACAAUUAUUAAGCGGUUGUUUCAUUGAUGCUGCAAGUCUAUCGGACGAUGCAGAAGUUGUCGAUCAAAGAAGAAACGAUGAGAGACGCCAGGGUGCACUCAUUUUCCAAAAUUCCAUUCCGAACUUCUCCAUGCUUCAAAUGUCGUCGACCGACGAUCGCAACUUCAGCACUUCGUCGGGAAACAUAUCGAAUUUCCCCGACACAAGCACCCCGUACAACUCGAUAGUCCAACUGGAUCUGGAAGAACAGGAAGCGUCGAGAAAGAGCCCGUUGGGCUUUUACGUCGAUCUAAGCGACGUGCCUGACGUGCCCAAGACACCGCCCGCUAAUUCGGCAAAGAAAAACAUAUUUUCCAUGGUCAUAGAUUUCGAAGGUCCCAAAAAGGAUAAGCCGUCGAAAUUAAGUUCGUCCUUCGGUGCCCACAAGAAAAAAUUAAAGCCGACGGCCCUUUGCAACAGCAGCGGCAGUCUGUCAUCGAGUUACAGUUCCAUAAAUUCGUAUUCAGUAGCCGGAACAAGCAGACAAAGCGAGGAACACGAAAUCAAGGAAACCGUCAAGGAACCAAUUAAUAUCGGUAUACUGUCGGCGUCGCUAGUUAAAAAUUUGUCCUUGUCUUCGAAAUCUUCCAGCAGUAGUGAGAACAAUGUGAUUGAAAAGAACGUUGAUGAGUCCUGUGAUGAAUUGCUAACUGAAAUUGAAAACUUGGAGUGUGAUAAGGUGUCUGAUAAGACUGAGGGUGAUAGGAACAGUGUCGCGUCCGUGAAGAGUCCAGACAAUGAUAAAGUUCAAGUUCAACCAGAACCAGAACCUACCACCACACAGCCCACGGUCCAGUUCGUCAAGCUCUCGGACCUAGAAUGCCAGAAGCCGCGGGUCGACCUCAACUUCACGCCGCGGAUGAGCCGCUCGAUUCCGGAGAGCCACUGGGUGGAGAGCACGCUGCUGAUGAGUCGUUCGGCCGGUUACCGGAGCGCCCCGCGACCCCUCGAGCCGGAAGGCGGCGAUCUGAGCGACUCGGACACCGUGUCCAGUUUGGAGUCGUCGCAGCCACGGAGGGCGGUCCGCAGGCUCGGCACCGAUCUGCUCAGGAUGUUCCUGGAGGAGAUUGGGCCCGACGUCACCGUCGAGGUGGACGGGCACCGUUUGAAGGCGCACAAGUGCAUACUGGCGUCGAGGUGUCAGUACUUUGCGGCCCUGCUCAGCGGAAAUUGGCUGGAGAAGAGCGGAAACGUUAUUUCCUUGCAGGGUUUCUCGUAUGAAUCAGUCUAUUUCUCCCUGUGUCACAUAUACAGCGGCGCAGCUCACGUGCCGGACUCCAUCAGUCUGGUCGAACUGGCCUCCCUGGCCGACAUGUUGGGCUUGGAGGGCUUGAAGGAAGUGGUGGAGCACGCACUGAAGCAACGCCACUGUCACAAUUUCCACAAACCGUGCGCCGGCUGUUGUACGGGCGUGUUGGAGGUUCUGCCGUUGUCCGCGGCCUACGGCUUGGAUGAUCUGUACCAGAAAUGUCUGCAGUGGAUUACGCAACACUUCGUCAGGAUCUGGCCCAGCAGGGCGUUCGCCAGUUUGCCGAGGGAAUUGCGUGAGAAAUGCUAUCAACAACAUGUCGUGCACAUGGCACCUGACAGAGUUUUGGAGACUAUAUUGGCGUGCGACAAGAUUCUCGCCACUUUGCCCACACUUAGAUGGGCAGAACCUGUGUCGCAGCUAGUUCUACAACUAACAGACGCUUGUCAUUUGUAUCAUAGGCAGCAUUUUGCUGCGGUGUUGGGCUCGCAUUCGUUCAUAGCAUUGGACACGGGUCUUGGCUGGAACGUUUGUCAAGUUGAAGAUCAAAUGUUGACGGCCGCUAAGACCCUGGGAGUAGAACAAGCGUGCAGGAGCUACUCACGCUGUUGCAAGAUGAUCGAACAAAGCUGGAGUAGGCCAUUUACAGAUCUCUUGCACAAAAUAAAACACCAAUUGGAACAAUGUUUGGUAGGACAGGCGGACAGGUUGAUUAGAAGCAAUGCUUGGUUAAGAUUGGAUACGGCUUUAAGAUCUCGUAUAAAAGAACUGACGCCCGGUUUGGAACCGACAAGUCGUUUGCCACGGGCCACUCCGCUUCACAAAAAGAAGGCGGUUACAAAUACUAAACCCCAGCAAAGCCCUAUUUUGAGUUCGUCAGACUCUUCACGCAAUUCCAGUCCGGGAAUGAAUCAAGGACGGAUGCUUACGUCCGGUGGUAGCCCAUCGUUGAGGAGAAGUCUCCUGUUGGCUGCCAAAGCCCCACAGGUGCCCCCCAGCCCCACUACCUAUCGCAGAAAUCAAACGGCAAAGAAUCCACAUGUGGGAAGUACUUUAACCCAACCUACGGCAGCCAGUGCUGCCAAGUCCGCUCCAUCCAAAAAUAUCAAAUCCGCCCCCCGAAACCCUCCAACGAAACCCGCGAACAAUAACAAAACAACACCCCAGCCUACCAGUGCAAAACAAACUCCUUCAAGGAAGCCCGUGACUGUGUCGAGGAAUUCGAGUACCAGUAAGAAGGAAUCUCCUUUGUUGAAUGCCCGACGACCGGAUAGCCGUUGCAGCUCACCGUUGAAGAGUGACAGUCGGACAAGCUCUCCACGAAAACUUGAUAGUAGAGUAACGUCACCGGUGAUUAGCAAUGUGCGAAGUCCGUCACCAAUGAAAAGGUCCGAUGCUGUGUCACCGAGGAAGACCACUAGAAGGGUUGAGGUUCAACAGAAGCCUGCACCAGUACCGGCGGCACCUACCAUGCAGAGAUCUGGUACCUUCCUGAAGGAAGAGCCUACAGUAUUAGGCAAAGUUAUGUAGAUACAUUCCAUCUCUAGUCCAGUCCUAGUCAGGAUAGAUUUUAAUUUUGAUCUCGUUAUUAGAUUAAGUUUCCAAUGAACUAAAGAAGUUUUAGGAACAUUAUGUCUAAUGUUAGGAGUGUUUAUCUAUAUUAAUGUACGUAUUCUGGUAUAAUUAAUACAAAAUUAGUAAAUUAUGUUCCUAAUUUACUUUGAUAUGUUCAUAUUUCUAUUACUGUGUAAUAUUUUAGCCCCGAUUGUGAUAAGUAUUUGUUUUAAAAAUAACUUCACAUGAACAAUGCUUGUUUAUGCCAUGUUAUAUUUGUCUGUUAGUUUUAGUUGUUUGAAUGUUGCAAUAAAUACUCUUUCUUAAUGUGCAAUGUGAAAGAUAUGAUCGCUUUAACGAAUGUUGUGGUAACUUAAUUUUUGCAAUCUGCACUUCUUUGUACUUAGUUUUUGGACUGAUUUAUAUAUGUUCCAGUAAUACACAUUUCAGAAUUUCGUAGUAUUAAGCAGCAAAUCCGUUUUUAAUUAGCAGAUAUCUAAAUGCCUGUCGUUUUAUUUUUCAAUGAAUGUAGGAUGUAUUUUAUAAGUUGAGCACCUAUUUCAGCAGUUUGUUUCCGUGUUCAUGUGAAGCAGUUGGUCACGUAAACGUAUUUUUUAAUUAUUCUGUAACUGUAAUGAUAAAUGCAACAUAGUAAAUGUCUGAUUAAUCACGCAACUUAAUCUAUAAAUUGUACAAUGUACAAAAUAACUUAAAAUGACAUAAAUACUAUUUCUGUUAAAUAUAAAGUAUUUCAAUUAUAAUACAUAUUUCUAUAUGAAUUAUUUACUGUACAGUUUAAAUAAAUAUUUUUUAAAAUUAGAAGAAAACUGAUUUUUAUUUU